AAAAUGCAACUGGAUUAUACGAUUUUGUUAACAGUUCAUCUGAAUUGAGAAAUUCAGGUAUGACGUAUGCUGAUGAUUUAAUUUCUGAACAGGAACGUUCUUUAAAACUACUCGAAAAAAUAAUUCAAGAAACUUCUGAUAAUAAGCAAGACA